AUGGACGUGCAAGCGAUACAGAAGCAAUGGGAUAGCCUCAGCGAUGACCGAGUACAGGCAUGCUUCAGGAUGAAGGAGCAAUACUCCCUCUAUAAAAUGAAGAAGAGAGAGCUUAAGCAGCAGUGGAAGACGAACAAGCGGGCUGAUAAGGACCUCCGCAAGGAGAUCAAGGCUGAGAAAAAGCAGGAGAAAAUAGAGGAGAAGAAGCAUAAUGCCGAGAUUGCACGAAUCAAAAAUGAGAUAGUUGAUCUGAAAAAGGAGAUCAAGAAUAUCACCAAGUCAGAUAAGGCUGCGCUCGCUCUGCAGGCCAAGAUGGAGGCGGAGACUGCUAAGUUGCUUGCAGAACAGCAGGCUGCUGCAGACGCUGCUGAGAAACAAGCUGCGGCAGAACAAGCCGCGGCGGCAGAAAAAGCCGCGGUGGCAGAAAAAGCCGCGGCGGCAGAAAAAGCCGCGGCGGCAGACCAAGCCGCGGCGGCAGACCAAGCCGCUGUCGCAGACCAAGCCGCUGUGGCACACCAAGCUGCUGUGGCAGACCAAGCUGCUGUGGCAGACCAAGCUGCUGUGGCAGACCAAGCUGCUGUGGCAGACCAAGCUGCUGUGGCAGAUAAACCUGGUGUGGCAGAUAAACCUGGUGUGGCAGAUAAACCUGGUGUGGCAGAUCAAGCGGCUCGGGGGCGCUCACUGGGGAAGCAGCCUAGCGUCAAAUCUGCUAAGUCGACUGACGUUGCGAGAUCGGAUUCGAAGAAGCUGGUGAGUAAUGGCAGCAAAGAUUUGACGGUCCAGUUUGCUGCGAGCGCGGAUCACCAAGACGUAAGCGAGAAGGAGCUGGCUGCGAAGGUCAGGGCUGAAAAGGAGGCGGAGCAGAGAGCGCUUGCGAGCGUGACUUUGGGAGCUAUUGCAAACAGUCCCGGGACUGCCUCUAUUUCGCACACUCAGAUGAUUAAAUCUCCCACGAUAGAUAAGGGGAGUAUGCCGGGGGUGACGGAUGGCAAGUCAUGGGAAACGGUAAAGACCGAAGCGAGUGUUCUUCAUCAUCCCAUCACCGCAGGAUUCUCACGAAAAGCACCCCACACAAAAAACGAUCAAGGCCUCACUGGACUAUUGCCCCAGCAGGUUGUCGCAGAGCAGAUGACCCCCAACGAGCCAGAGUAUCUUGAUGUCGAAGAACGAUCUCCAACACCGUACAUCUCCACCACUCCCCGACUCAAUAAACCUACAAGUCCGCCUGAUGCUUUUGGAGCCUGA